AUGUCAGUGUUGGUUACAGCAGAAAGGGAGGAAAGGGGGAGAGAGGAAGCCAACGCGACGUGCGCAGAGGAUGAGGAUAUAAACUGGGACGACGCAGCGGAGGGGAUAGGCGAGGGAAUCGAGGGACCGGAGGGCUUUCGCGACAGCGACGAUGACGACGAAGAAAGAGGAGGGGACGGAGGGGCGACACGCAGGAGGAGCGAAAUCGCUAACGGCCCGAGCAGAGAGGGCGACGGCGGGGCACGAGGGAACAACGGAGACGCUACCGAUGACGCGAACCGAGGCACGGACGCCGGCGGGGACGGGGAGGGCGACAGCGACGUCGAGGUUGACGCAACCGUAUCGAGAGCGCCACCCAAAAAGGGGCGGACAGCCAUGGAGGUCACCGAAUGGAGGGCGAACGGCACGAUGCGAAAAGGCAGGGCGAGGCGGAUGGAGAAAGAAACCGCGAGCAGACAGCGCCUGCUGGCCAUUUCGAGACAUUCGCCAAGAACGCUAGCUACAUGGGAGGGCUUCGUGAAGGAUGGAUUGAAAAACAUUCGAACAAAGAAGAGGCGACGGGAGGAACCGGCGGAGGAUGCAUAUAUGGGCCACGAUGUCUCAAAUAUGAGGGGUUUUGACUCCUACCGGCUCCUGACGCUAUUCCUGGCAGCUCUAAUGGCCAGGGCUGUCUUGUGGGAUGGUUGGGAUGUCCAAACGCCACCAUCUUGGCUCUUGCGACCUCAAACCCGCAAGCUGUAUGGGUGGUCCUGA